AUGCCGUCUGAGAAGACCUUCAAGCAGCACUGCAGUUUUGAACAAAGAAUGGAAGAUGUCUGGCUCAUCCGGGAGCAGCACCCCACCAAGAUCCCAGUGAUAACUGAGCGAUGUAAGGGUGAGAAGCAACUGCCUGUCCUGGACAAAACCAAGUUCCUUGUCCCCGAUCAUGUGAACAUGAGUGAGCUCAUCAAGAUUAUGAGAAGGCGCCUACAGUUUAACGCCAAUAAAGCUUUCUUCCUCAUUGUGAAUCCGUACAGCAUGGUGAGUCUGUCCAUGCCCAUCUCUGAAGUGUACGAAAGUGAGAAAGAUGAAGAUGUAUUUCUGUACAUGGUGUAUGCCUCCCAGGAGACAUUCGGAACAACACUGGCUGUGUAA